AUGGUGCCGCUACUUCUGCCGCUGCUGGUGACCUCCCUGACGACUGCCGAGCCAGACUACUGUAACAUCACCACCUGUCCGCAUGUGGAGGACCACACCAUGUGCGUGUUCGACACGGACGGCCCGGCACCCAUGUGCGACACGGUCGUCACCCGCGGAAUCACGCCAGGCGACCAGACCACCAUCCUGGCCGUCCACAACCGGCUGCGGGCCGCCGUGCAGAAGGGCGAGUACAGCCAGCGCGGCCUGCCGCCGGCCGUCUCCCUGCCGCCCCUCAGCUGGGACCAGGAGCUCGCCACGCUGGCCCAGCGCUGGGCCGACCAGUGCAUGGACGACAGCGAUCUCUGCCGCGACGUUCAGCGCUUCAAGGUCGGACAGAACGUAGCGAUGAUUUUUGGUCAGAAGAACUGGACGCGCGCUAUCGAAGAGUGCUACUUUACUGAGCAGCUAGAGAACUUUAACCAGACCAGUCUGACGUACCAAGCCCCGCCGGAAGAUGACUUUGGUAUGACGGACACCAGCAAACUCAGUCAGCUGUUAUGGGCGGCCACCACUAAGGUGGGGUGUGGCUAUAUUGCCGUAAAGUUCUGGCUUUCCGAGGAGGUGGGACCCGGUGACGUACAUGCGUAUAUUUGUAACUAUGGCCCCGCAGGAAACAUCCCUGGGCAAACCAUGUACACCAAAGCCUAA